CGUUUCCUACGAGUGACAGUACGCGUUUGGUGUGCAUUACCCUCUCGUCUACGUUUGCGCAUGACGUCCAUGGAAAUUUGUGCCACUCACGGAUUAAUGCAUGCCGGAAAUUGCAGCAUGGAGGACAUAAGCGUCACGGUGACCGGUUCAACUACAACGAGUACAAAUACAGUCCAUCCUAGUGUGAACGAUAUGGAUUGGUUCGCCGGUGUUGCCGAGGAAGAAUUAUUGUAUUACACCGGCGUCGGUAACGACGUCGACUCUCUGUGGGCUGUUAUUGGGAGUUUUGUACCGCCGCCACCUAGACCACCUUAUCUACCCGAAGAGAGCAUCGCCACCGAUGGACUCACCACCUGCGAUUUAUGUUCCUGGGCAUGGAGAAACGAUAGGCAUUCUUUUUCUCUGGACGGCACCCUUGAAGCUCCUGGAGAACUUGGAUGGGUGCUGACUCUUGUAAUAGUGUCCUUAGUAUCAGCUGGUAUCGGAGCGGUAGUAAUGAUGACUCUUCUUCAUUGUCGAAGGAUAAAGAGUGCCGGUGGCAGAGCGAGCUGCUGCGGCGUCGGUGUAGAGGACUCGAGCGUGCCCGAUGGCGGCGGGCCCGCGGGGGCGGGUGGUACCGGCGGUGGGGUGGCCGUCAUACCCGAUCGGCCGCCUCUCGAAUUAGACAAAUUACCACCUUAUCACGACGUAGCGCCUAGCCCCGGGCACAACGUAUGGUCGUGGUUGGGCUCUCGGCGAGGCGGUGGCACCCCGGGAGUCGUCACGACGCCGCUAUCCCUUCCUCAACACCGACGGGCGAUGAAUCUCCCGGUCGAGAAUCACUACACCCACAUGCAAACCGACGAGGCUCUGUACGCGGAACUGGACUCGCAGGCCGCGAGCUACGCGAGCGAUCUACAGUUACAAAUGAGAGGAAGCUCGACAUACGGUACGACUUCCGGUGGUCAAGACGACGAAUAUCAUGAACUGGACGCGGCCAGAUUACAUCGUCAUUACGGUGGUAGCGACGGAUCGCUACAAACGGAUACACUUCGCACUCGACAUAGUAAAAGGAUACAAGAGCCAGACUAUGAGAUGUACGAGAACGGGCCGUCGACUCCGGUACCGCCGGGUCAGCAUCAGCAUCAUCAUCGUCAUCAUCAUCACCACAAUCAUCAUCAUCAUCAUCAGGAACUGAGGAUCGGUAGCAGGAACAGCGAGCAUCCCUCGUAUCAGAACACGGCAUACACCGGAAGCGACGCCGAGCCGGAUGGGCCGACGCUGAGCAGUGCUCCCAGCAGCGCGUACUACAGUGAUCUCAGCUCGAACUCGACAAAUCAACAGAUGUCGGCCUCGACGAUACCGUCCGCGACAGUGACAACGACAACGACGACGACGAGCCUGCAUCUGAAUCCGCAGAAUCUGGAGACGCCGCAGUACAGGCUGGCGGCGAUUAACGAGAACACAGUGCCUUCGGAUUAUAUUUAAGAAAUAAUUCCCUAUGAGAAAUCAGUGACGAGAGAAGUUUGAAAUAGAAUACAAUUGUGUAUCGAUCCGCAAUCGCUUUGCUUGCUACGUGAACGAAGAGAGUGUUUUGUGUAGUAUUUAUAAUUUAAUUUGUUUCACGCGAGGACGUUAGGAAAUUUGUCCUUGUAAUAAAAAGUAGAAAUAAAGUCGGAGUCGAGAUCGGA